CCGAGGCCUCUGCGGCUGCGGGGUACCGGUACCGGCAUCGGCUGCUCGCUGUAGGGCUGCGGGCCCGGGUCUCGGCAGCGGAGCGCGGUAGACCUAGGAUCCAACAUGUGGCGGCUCUUGGCCUCCCUCUGCUGCCUGUUGGUGCUGACCAGUGCCUGGAGCAAGCCCUAUUUCCAUCCCCUGUCAGAUGAACUGGUCAACUUCAUCAACAAGCAGAACUCCACGUGGCAGGCUGGACACAACUUCCGCAACGUGGACAUGAGCUACCUGAAGAGGCUGUGCGGGUCCUUCCUGGGUGGGCCCAAGCUGCCCCAGAGAGUGAAGUUUGCUAAGGACAUGAAUUUGCCUAAGAGCUUCGAUGCGCGGGAGCAGUGGUCACACUGUCCAACCAUCAAGGAGAUCAGAGACCAGGGCUCCUGUGGCUCAUGCUGGGCCUUCGGGGCUGUGGAGUCCAUUUCUGACCGGAUCUGCAUCCACACCAACGGGCACGUCAGUGUGGAGGUGUCCGCAGAGGACCUGCUCACCUGCUGUGGCGGCCAAUGUGGGGACGGCUGCAACGGUGGCUAUCCUGCCGAAGCUUGGAACUUCUGGACAAGGAAAGGCCUGGUUUCUGGUGGGCUCUAUGAGUCCCAUGUAGGCUGCCGGCCAUACUCCAUCCCUCCUUGUGAGCACCACGUCAACGGCUCCCGGCCAGCAUGCACGGGGGAGGGAGACACUCCCAAGUGCAGCAAGACCUGCGAACCUGGCUACAGCCCGACCUACAAAGAAGACAAACACUUUGGAUACACUUCCUAUAGUCUCCCCACCAACGAGUGGGAGAUCAUGGCUGAGAUCUACAAAAACGGCCCCGUGGAGGGAGCCUUCUCCGUAUACUCGGAUUUCCUACUGUACAAGUCAGGAGUGUACCAGCACCUGACUGGAGACAUGAUGGGCGGCCACGCCAUCCGCAUCCUGGGCUGGGGGGAGGAGAACGGCGUCCCCUACUGGCUGGUUGCCAACUCCUGGAACACUGACUGGGGUGAUGGUGGCUUCUUUAGAAUCCUCAGAGGACAGGACCACUGUGGGAUUGAAUCAGAAGUGGUAGCUGGCAUCCCACGCACUGACCAGUACUGGGAAAAGAUCUAACCUGCUGCGGGCCUGUCUGGCCAGUCCUCGAAGUCGUUCCCUAAAUGUAGCCAACUGGGCUGAGGUGGGGUUAGAAAUGUCUUUUACUCCUUGAAGUCACAUAAGAUACAAGAGGUUUAGAGGGGGCCUGAAGCACUGGACUGAGCCAAACCUUGCAUCUGGCAUCCAAGCUGUCCUCCCAGGUGAUGCACCCCAGUCCAGCUACCUCCCAGCUUGUUCAGUGGGCUGAUGGCCAUAUGCAGAUGUCAGACCCCAGAAUCCUCUGCUGAGCGCGGUGCAUCCCCCCACCCCCCAAGCUAGUGCUGUGAUGGUACCUGGGCCCCUCCCACAUGUCUGCAGGAAACAAGGCUGGUGCCUGGGAACGAGGAGCCCUAACAGAUGCCCCUGUCAUGGGUACCUCUGAGCACACAGCUUUCUAGACUGGCUACAGGUUCAGAGAGGUGUGGCAGCCCUUCCACCAAGGGCCCUGCCUCUACUGAGCUUGGCAGUGUCACAAACCUUCUCUGGUCUUGUCCUUGGCAUGAUUCUUUUUUAAUAGAAGUUUUAUUUUUUUGUGCACCUAAGCUGAUCAUGUGAACGAACAAGUCUAAUAGUUGGAAGAGCUCUGCCGCUUUGCAGAUCACCUCCUAAAGGUGUGGCUUAAAGCAAAACAGUGCUGGAGACUUGCUCUGACCUCCUGGCCUAUACGACCACUACCAGAACAGGACUAGCUGGGGAGAAGCCAGUUUCUUCUGUUUUCUAAAAAUCACUGCUUCACCCUGUCAAUUUAACAAGGAAUGUCUGUGCCAAUAAAAGUUUUCUCCUUCACCUUGA